UUCUUCUCUCCCGUCCGUUGUCGCUUUAUGAGGCAUUUAGUCAUUGAUCGGGAUUGUGGUUAAACUUCACCCGGUUCGUGUUGCAUCGGUUUUGGUGUUGAGUCCGGUUCGUCAUGUCGGACACAUGGAGCAACAUCCAGGCGCAUAAGAAGCAGCUGGACUCCCUGAGGGAGAGGCUGCAGCGGCGGCGGAAAGACCCGGGACAGCUGUCGGCGGAUGGUGGAGGCAGCACAGAUAGUUCCACAGCCAGAAGUGACAGCCCAGCUCCGUCGGCUCCAGUCCCGUCUCAAGAAGAGACUGAAAAACCACCAGACCCUGAACUGGAGAAGAGGCUGCUGGGAUAUCUGUCUGACCUCAGCCUUUCACUGCCAACAGACUCCCUCGCCAUCACCAAUGAACUGAACAGUUCUGAGGUAGAUGUCAGCCACAGCUGCAUCCAGAGUCUGCUGCUCAAGUUCUCCGCUCAGGAGCUCAUCGAGGUCCGACAGCCCACCUCAGCUUCCUCCUCUUCUACGACCCCCUCCUCCACAGUUGUGGUAGCGGUCGACCACACAAAGCUGUGGGCGAUGAUAGGGACCGGGGCUGGCGCCGGGGCCCAGCGGACCGGGGUCAAGAGAAAAGCCGAGGACCAAACCCACCUGAAGAGAGCGUCCGGUUUCUCCCCCUCACUCCAGAGCUCCGCCUCUCCUCCACACUCCUCCACCACCUCCCUGACGCCAGCGUCCUCCUCCCAGCUGGCGGGGCCGUCAGCAGCGGGCGGGGGAGCUGACAAGAAGGGCCGGAGCAGCAAGAGCCAGUCAUCUCACGUGGACAUGGAGAUUGAGAGCCUCCUGAACCAGCAGUCCACCAAAGAACAGCAGAGCAAGAAGGUGAGCAGGGAGAUCCUGGAGCUGCUUAAUGCCAGCACUGCCAAAGAACAAUCCAUCGUGGAGAAGUUUAGGUCCCGCGGUCGGGCUCAGGUCCAAGAGUUCUGCGACCACGGGACCAAAGAGGAGUGUAUCCGCUCAGGGGACUCACCUCAGCCCUGCACCAAGCUGCACUUCCGCCGCAUCAUAAACAAACACACAGAUGAAAGCCUGGGCGACUGCUCCUUCCUCAACACCUGCUUCCACAUGGACACCUGUAAAUACGUCCACUAUGAGAUCGACAGCCCCCCCGAGGCCGAGGCUGGCCUGCUGGGACCCCAGGCCGGGGCCACGGAGCUGGGCCUUCGUGCAGGAGAUGGAGACAGCAAUGUGGGCAAACUGUUCCCAUCACAGUGGAUCUGCUGCGACAUCCGCUACCUGGACGUGUCCAUCCUGGGGAAAUUUGCGGUGGUGAUGGCCGACCCUCCGUGGGACAUCCACAUGGAGCUGCCCUACGGAACGCUGACCGACGACGAGAUGAGGAAACUCAACAUCCCCAUCCUCCAGGAUGACGGCUUCCUGUUCCUUUGGGUCACGGGCAGGGCUAUGGAGUUGGGCCGGGAGUGUCUCAGUCUGUGGGGCUACGAACGCGUGGAUGAAAUCAUUUGGGUGAAAACUAAUCAGCUUCAGAGGAUCAUCCGAACGGGGAGGACGGGUCAUUGGCUGAACCACGGCAAAGAGCACUGUCUGGUGGGUGUGAAAGGAAACCCGCAGGGAUUCAACAGAGGUUUGGACUGUGACGUCAUCGUAGCUGAGGUUCGCUCCACCAGCCACAAACCCGAUGAGAUCUACGGGAUGAUCGAGAGACUUUCUCCUGGAACCAGGAAGAUCGAGUUGUUCGGUCGUCCACACAACGUCCAGCCCAACUGGGUGACUCUGGGGAACCAGCUGGACGGUAUCCACCUCCUGGACCCUGAGGUGGUGGCUCGGUUUAAGAAGCGUUACCCGGACGGCGUCAUCUCCAAACCCAAGAACAUGCAGUGACCACGCCCCCUCCGGCUUUGCCGUGGUUUUCCAGAGACAGUUGGUCUGUAUUUUAUACCAAUGACAUCAUGUUUGAUACUGUGAAGAAGGAACGCCGUGAGCAUGUGUAAAUAGUCAAACCAUGUAAAUAAAACCGAAUGGGUUUAACCCUCUGGUGUCGCAGGUCCUUCUAAUCACACAAAGCACAUCAUCUGCACAGGUUCAGAGUAAUGUCAGAAUGUUUUUCAUACAGUUUGUUUUUGAACUUUUUUAAAAAAUUUACAUUUGUUUUGUAGUUCAACAACUUGACCCGUAAACAAAAAUACCAAAUACUCAAUAACUGACAUAUUUUUACCGUUUAAAUACUGUUUGUAAUGUAAAAAAAACCUUAUUUUUUGAUGCAAAAACACAAAUUUUUAGUUUUCCUUCAAUAUUGUACAUAUAAAUUGGAUUUUUUUUUUUUUUUCAUCCUGGCAUGUGUCAGUGAUUAACAGAAACAUUGGUUGAUGUACAUUAUUAUUUUUGGUUCUAGGUCAAAUGUUAAAUGCUAAAAUGUGUCAGUGUGCAUUUUGUACUCACUUGGUAGAAGGGGUUAAGUGUAAGAAUUUAACAUUAAUUAAAAUCUGCUGAUUUUAGUGACUGUCAGAAUUUUAAAAAACAUACAAAAAUUAACUUUUUGAAUUCCAACCUAAAAAAAUUGUGAAAAAUAAUCUGACCUUUUAUUACAUGAAGUGCAAAGUGUGCAUAAUACGCUCACCUGGACACUGGAGGGUUAAAUAGUUUAGGUAUUUGGAGCUGAGUUUUCCAUUUUCUAGUCUUUUAUAUUUAAACACUGCAAAACCGUCAAUAAAAAAACACAGCAGACUUUUGUAACGUCAAUGUUGUUAUUUUGUUAGUAAAAGUACUUUGAAAAGCUGGUGAUUAAUUCAACAUUUAAUUUUUACAAAUAAAAUCUGAACAUUUCGAACAUUUUCACAGUCAUUUGGGAUCAACACUUAUAUUCACAUCUGUUCAGUUUUAGGCAAAUCCAGAACCGUUCAUCCUAAAACCAUCUGGAGUUAAAGUUUUAGUACAAAAGAACAUGUAUUUUACUGUCAAAUACGUCAGAAGAAUCUUUGAAUAUAGAAAAUAUCAGUAAAAAUAUCCAAAAAGCUGUUAAACAGGACAAAGAAGAACAAGAAGAUAAAUGUUUUACCGCAGCUCAGUUUAUAAACGAACAGAAGCAGAACCGUCUAAACGGGUCAGUUAUCAUUACCCUCAGGAUUCUGGACCAGAACCAGGACGAAGUUUUUUAAAGACCUGAUCCACAAAUCUAAAUCAGUUCCUUUAAGAAAAAAAAACUAUAUUUGCAAGCAGAUAUAAGUGGGUCCAAGUCUCAGGCCAGUUUGUUAAAGUGGAAUUUGCAUAAUUUUACAGGUUCUAGAAUCAUCAGAUACAGAACCUGAAAGAACGAGUGGAUUAAAGGAUCUAACUGAUGAAGAGGAAGCAGAAUCUGACAAAAAA